GAUUUACGGAAUUGAAUUUGGAGUUAAGUGCUGGCCACUUUAAAUGAAUCAUCUGAAAAUACGCAACAUUACUGCCUAUACCGUUUCCCCCACCGUUCAGAGCCCCUCUAGAAAGUCAUGGCUAUUUGCAGCGUCUCCCAUAUUCACGCUCUUCUGUCUGCCCUGUUGUUGGUGAGGGUAGUCACCUGUCUUGAUGAUCAUAGUGUCCCAAAGAUCUGUACCACCAUUGACUGUCUAAACAAACAAAUAGAAGUUGCCGACGAGAUCGCUGGAACGAUCCAUCGCUAUUCCAAUAAUGCUGCAAAUUUUAUAGAAGCCAAAACCCAGCCAUCGUCACCUACCAAAGAUAUGAAUCUUGGGGGCCAUGUCAACCAGGGAAAUCCUGAUGCAAUCGAAGCGACCAAAAAGCAACACUCGGGCACCCCUCAAGGUCACUCCCUCCAUCACAAGUCAAAUGUCUCUGUUCUAAGAGACGGUAGAAGAUCGAAUCAACAGUUCCAAAGGCAACAUCAGCAACAUUUUAAGGAAUCAUCAUUGGAAACAUCUCCUAGAAGUAGUCAAGUUCAACUAAAACAGCAACACAAGCACAGAAAUCAUCAACAACAGCAGGAGCAACAACUACAUCAAGAGAAUAUGCAAACCUCCACGACGACCACAAGAGAUGCAAGCAAAAACCAUCCAACUGUUGCAAAACACUCUUUCUUAGAUGCAGCAGGAAUUGCCCAUGCAGUGAAUGACGGAAUGUUCUGGUCAGCAACGGUCGAGGGGGCAAUCCCAACAGGUUUGAGCGACUCGGUAACGGAAACAUGGAAGAAGAGAAUCAGACAGUUGAGGGUCGUGAGAGUGGAAGAUGCCUCUAUGGAUAAGUGCGGAAGCAGCAUGAACAGACACGUGGUCUUCAACGACGGGACUACUGCGUGCGCUCGAUACAGGCAUCCAAUGGCCCAGUUCGUUUUGGGUGAUCUGUACUGCUACUAUCUUGCCCGAAUGCUCGGCAUGCAGAACGUACCAACAGUUGUCUUGUCUCAUGUGUCCAACGACAGUUCAUCGCAGUGGUCUUCCGUUACUGCGGACAUCCGCAACGCCCGGUGGAAGAACGACACAGUAGCUAGCUUCAGCUUGUGGAUUGACGACAUUGGAAAAUCCGACCUACCAGAGAUAAUGUAUGACAACCAGCGCGACACCAUCACCCCCUCAACUCCUGGACUCUCUGACCUCAACAUUACUCAGCUCGUGGAGCUUGCCCAGUAUAGCGACCUCGUAAUCUUUGACUUCAUCACUGUUCAUCUUGACAGGAUGACAAUAAGAAAGAAUGCAGUCGAGUACUACCAGCAGGAUUGGCUGUAUAAAGGAGAGGUACACAACCUUGCCCAACAUAAACACAACCAAGGCCUGUGGUUCAUCGACAAUGAAAAUGGAAUAUUCAACUCUUACGUAGUCGCUUACUCCAAGACAAACAAGGGUCAAAUGCUGGGUUACCAUGAAGAGCUACUCCGUUCAUUCUGCCUAUUCAGGCAGUCAACAUUUAAGAGCGUACAUAAGCUAGCCCGAUUGGACGACCCUUUCCAGGCCCUCGACAACCUGGUCCACGAGAACGAACCGGUUAUCGUUCAGAUGGAGCAAGAGAGGAAAUCACUGAUGGGUGGGGUGAAGGAACGAUUUAAAGAGCGCCUGCUUGAUGUAGUUCGAUGGAUGGAUAAUUGUCAAUCACGUUCUAAUGGUUGAUAUUAAAGGGGUACUCAAGGCUGAAAAUGAUAUGAUCUGAAUAGAUGAAGUAAAAUCAGACAAACAAAACCCUGAAAAUUUCAUGCAAAUCAGACAAGGAAUAAUUAAGUUACGACAUUUUAAUGUUUGCAUUAUUUUCAGGGGUGUGAGAGUUCAGAUUUGUUUGUUUUGAUUUUCAGCUGAAUUUCAGCUUAUAUUUGGCUUUCCUCUGUACAAAAAGUAUGGGAGCUCUUUCUAUUUCAGACUUUUCACUACUCUUCAGCUUUUUUCAGAUCUUUUUAUUUGUGACCACUCACACCCCUGUAUUUUGUUGAAGCAUUUCAAAUGCAUGUCUUUCAUGGAUCUGCAAUGAGAAAGCGGAUGUCAUACCCCAACUGGUUAUUUGUUGCUGCAACUUGAAAAAUGGAGUCCUAUUUUUACACUAAUUUUCUUAAAAUGUGACAAAAUUGUGAUUUCAUAUGGCAUUUGAAAAAGGAAUCUAGGGACUUGACACCAUCAUCCCACCUAUUGCACAUUCAUGAUGGUAUGCAAAUAACCGCAUCACAAAACUAAACUUUAAAUUCAAAACUUCGUUAUUUGUUAUCAGAUUUUGAUGAAAUAAUUUCCAGUUUUUUACUUGUUGACUUUUACUGUAUUUAUCAAGAUAGAAUUAUUUUCAGCAGGAGUACCCCUUAACUUGUUGCAUACUGAAACUAGACGGUCUUUGAACAAAAAAUUACAUCAGGAUUACAGAUUUCAAAGUCAACUAUUGUCAUGGCCACUUGACAUAUCAGUUAUCACCAUGUUAUACACAUUUAUGAAAGAGAUCAAUUUUCUGUGGCAUGUCAAGUCUAGAAUCCCAAUUUUCCAAGAGACUGAGUUUCUGUUUAAAAGACUUCAAUUUCUGUCUUAGUUCAUGUUGCUCUGAUCAUUAAUGAAUACAAAUUCAUAUUUAUGAUGAUAAAAAGCAUCACUUUAAAGGCCUUGAUAUAUUAAACAUUGAGAUUAACCUUAAGCUACCCCAACGAGCGCAAUAUGGUGGUAUGAAAAUAGAGAAAUAUUGAUGAUGACAAGUAUGAGGGCAAGUUGGAUAUUUCUAAUGCUCAUGUUCCAUGUGUUUACCAAGUAAAUUCUUUUUAACAAUAUCUAGUGUGUCUUGUCAUUUUAAGGUGUAACUGCUAACUAGAUAUAUGAUACUGCUUUGAAUUGAUAUAGUGUUUUUCCUUCACAAAAAGUUAUCACAUUGAUGACUUUCACUGAAUAGUAUUAAAUUUCCAUAGAACCAUAUGGCCACCUACAAAUAAUCAUACUGUUUUUACAUGUCUCAUUUGCCAACUUCAAAAACUUGCAUGCAUCUUGUCGAAAUCUCAAUAGGUUUGGAUUAUGUUAAUCAGUAUAGGCCUGCUUGUAUAUUGUGUAGCUAUUACAAUAUUUUGUAUAAUACUUGAGCAUGUGUAGUUGAUAUGUACAUGUAGUUCUUAGCAUUACUCAGUUAUAUCGUUAAUUGGUAAUGUAUCGCGCACCGGUGUAUAUUUUUGUCUAAUUCAUUUUCUAUAAUUAUAUUUAUUUAGGUAAUUCAGAUGAGGAGCUAAUUUUUACCAAUUUUAUGCAACUUACUGUCUGUGUGUGAUUUUUCUAUACUAAUUGGAAAAGAUCAGUUAUUUUAGUGACAUAUUUGGUGCACAGCUUUCUUAAGGUAAAAUACUGAAGAUGCCUCACAUUUUUGUAUUGGUGAUGCUGAAAGUUAUUCCCUCAAUCAAAACUUUAUCUCGCGUCCUUUGGCAAGGCAUAUACCUACAUUACAUUUGACACUCUCCACCCAGGUGUAGUAAAUGGGUACCUAGUAAGAGCAGCCUUGCUACUGAUAUAUGCAUGUUGCAUAUUAGUAUUAUUAUCAUCCAUCUCUGGUAUUAAUGACAUUCAUUUGGUCAGUUAAAUAAAUAAGUCUUCAAUGCCUCAAUCCAGCAGUGCAUCAAAAUAUGCUACCUUAUUGAUGACAAAUAUUUUUAAAGUAAUAUUGUAUAUAGUUAAUCAUUUGCAAUCUAGUGUUCAUACAUACCAUGCCUUGUGAGCAUUCAAUGAAACAUGACAAUAUCAUCUUAACAGUCAAUGUAGUUGUCUAUAUUUUUUCAAAUUAGCAAUAUAUAACAAGUUAUUCAAUAAUGCAUUUAUAAUAAAGUGUUACUUUGUAAAAAAAAAUAAUUCUUUAUGAGCAUUUAAAGCAAAAUAUGGGGAUUAUCAUCUCAACAGCCGAUUUGGUCAUAGAUUUUAUUAAAUCAGCAAUAUAACAAGUUAAUAAUGCAUUUAUCAUAAAGCGUUACUUUGUAAAUAUCAUGCUUUGUGAACAUUCAGUGAAACUCCAGGGCCACGUCUUACAAAGAGUUACGAUUGAUCUGAUCAACCUCAACUAUAUAUGAAUCCAUCAAUGUCAUGUUUGUACAGGUCUUUGUACAAUGUUCUUUGUAUUACAGAGAAGCACACUGAAUUGGCAAGAAAGUAAUGAAUGUAUGAAUAUACAUCGUAUCUAGAAAAAUAUUUUGAACAAACAUGCAGUUUAAAUUCCAUAGCUGUGGUUGAUUGGAUCAAUCGCGACUCUUUAAAAUGGGGCCCAGAGUCAUCAUCUCAACAUUCAAUGCAAUAUUACAGACUUUCUUGACGAUUUGUACAUCCACUAGUGGAUUGCUAUGUAAGCACGCCAUAUAGCUGCUCUGUGUGUUAUAGGCUUACAAAGGCUAAGUCACCGUGACUGAGCAUGCCUAAACUUGACUAAUGUUGCCAGACGUAUUAACUCUUCAUAUUGACUUUACACAAGGUAGGCUAUUGUGGUAUGAUAACAUAGCAUGUCACUGGUCAAUACUUUAUGCUUAUCAAAAAGUCCCUAUUAUUAUGCCGUUCUAGACAUACUUUAGAACAAUUCAAUCCUGAUGACUGUGAAAUCUGGUACUUCGUAUCACCUCAAAGUUUUGUACAUAAACCUUUUAAUUUCAACUUGUGAAUGAAUAUACAUGUACCUGUAGAUGUGAAUGAUAUCUGAUUCUUUAGAUGUAUAGAGUUCAAGUUUACACCCUUUCCAUGUUGCAGGUUGCGUUUAAGGCCCAGUAGCAAAAAACUUAGCGAUUGAUUGUAUUACUGGUUUCAACGAUCAAUGUGUAUAAUUGAUCAUAAAUAUCAAUCAUAAAAAUUUAAUAAGCACUGCUUUUUGGAGCCCUGGGCAAAUGUGAACUUUGAAGCCCCGUUUUAGGGACACACAUCAGAAGUCAUGUUAGUUAAAUGUUUCAUCCAAAAAUGCUAAGAGUAAAUGUAACUAUACUUUAAAACACCACAGGUAUUUCUUCAGUAUUACAGUAACCAGUGAAAGUACUAUUUAAAGAAUGUUAAGGUACGUUAUGGUGAAUCUAAGGAAUAUACCAUUAUACAAAUCAUGAAAGCAAAAUACUCACGUCAUUUAUCACAUCUCCAAAUGAAUAAUCGCAUCCUAAUUUGUAAACCAUCUUUAGCUGCAGUGUCUAACACAAAUUCAAUAUUUUAUUGAAAGUAGAAUUGAAUAAAUUUCAAAUUAAAAAACUAA